UUGGCCCUUUCAAUCGGCAGAGAAACGGAGAAUUUUGAGGUGGUUAACAGAUUUUAUCGUCUUCACUCUGCUGGUUCCAAAAAUACUUAAACUAAUUGAAUCUUUACACGAUUGGGACAUUGUAAUCGAAUGCAUACCUAUUAUCGGAUGGCAUGUAAUAGCCCAAGCUAAAUUUUUUAACUGGGUAAUAAUGGAGGACCGUCUGAAAGAUUUAUUUGUAUCUAUUGAGAGGGAUUGGGAGAGUUUGAAUUUAGAAUGCGAUGUCAAAGUGCUGCAUCAGUGGUCAGAACGAGCACGACGUUUGAAUAUAUAUUAUGCAAGAAUCAUGUUUGGGGUUAGUCUGAUUUACUUUUCUACACCAGCGGUUCCGAAAAUUUUGGAUUUACUACGACCAAUGAACGAGUCUCGUCCAAGAAUAUUUCUUUAUCAAACAGAAUUCUUUAUCGAUCAAGACAAAUAUUAUGUACAACUACUUUUUCACUCCUAUCUGGCGGUGACUAUUGGAAUAGGCUACAUAGUUUUCUUUGAUAACUUAUUUGCAACUCUCAUUAACCACGCGUGUGGAAUGUUUGAAAUUCUGAUGUAA